AUGCGCACAUCCUUCAUCCACAACCGCCUCGAGGAAACACAGCUGCCUCGCGGCUUCGCCGCCCAGCAGCCUCCCUCCACGAGCCGGCGGCCAGACACGUCUCCCCCGCAAACCCCCCCCGCAACAUUCGACUCCCGCUUCUGCCUCCCGCAACCGUUCUUCUUCUACCACGUCGUCGACGCCGCGGCCGCCACGCUGCAGGCCCAAGUCCUCGGGCCCAACCUCGGCGUGACGUUCUCGCACGAGCGAGCCAGGGCCCAUUCCGGCCAGGGCCGGAUCGGGAACGCGCUGAGCAAGAAAACCACGGGGUUCCUGGCCUUCGUGGCCCCCGGCACGGCGAGUCGGACGGUCCUUGCGUGGGCGGAAAGCGGCCAUGGCCUCCUCGAUAGAAGAGGCGACUCGCUUGACGCGCAGCCCGGCGUUUUGCGCAACGCCCGGUGGACCGUGAGGGUGCUCGAGCUCGCCUGCGCUAUGGGCAUCAACAUGCGCUCACCGUUCGACCUCGGAGACAGACGCGGCAUUUUCCGCGCCAGCCACGUCGAAGUCAAGCUGGCCGUGCACGCCGUGUACGUUGUCGCGCGGCUGCUCGAGAUUGCCGGCCCAUCGACGCGCCUGACUCUGCGUCACCUGAACGAGCUACGGCGGAGGAAAUGGCACGACGGCUCGACGCCCUGUUUCGAGAUUUAUUUUUCCAAGAAGAACUGCCAUCUCUGCGGCAGGUACGUAGAAAAGCUGCAGAAGCUGACCGGCCUGUCGAUACAACUGUUCUGGAAGGAUCGUCUCGUCAAGAUUGAGUAUGCGGACGGGGUCGUCGAAGCACAGGCAAACACGGAGCCGAGGGCUGAAGGAACGCCCGAGGACGAGACUGCGGACGAGACUGGGGACGAGACUGGGGACGAGACUGGGGACGAGACUGGGGACGAGACUGGGGACGAGACUUGGGACGACACUGCGGACGACACUGCGGACGACACUGGAGACGACACUGCGGACGACACUGCGGACGACACUGCGGACGACACUGCGGACGACACUGCAGCUCCUGCCGACACUGACAUGAUUGGUCUGACCGACGACUCGGUCGCAGAAGAGAGGCGAGGACCGAGGGAACCAUCACACCAGUCCGUGCAGGAGCCGCUGGCAGGUUUCAUCGACGGCUUAGCAUACUGCCUCGGCCAGUUGGUGACGUCGCCCAGGACGGUCCGGGCCGCGGUUGUGGCACUGGCCAGGAUUGCCCUGCAGCAGAAUGCCCAUCGGCAGAAUGCUCAUCGGCAGAAUGCCCAUCGGCAGAAUGCCCUUCAGGCUGGCCAUGGGAUUCGGCGACCCAGAACGCCUGCAAGCAUGGAGGCCCGUCCAAGAUGGCCACCCACUGGGCCGUUUGAGGGGCGACGUGCGCAGAACCGAGACGGGGAUCCUCAACCAAGAAGCUUGGUCUCACAGCUGGACGAGUUUGCGGGCUCGAGGGCGAGAGCAAGAUCGCCACGGCCGUACUCUAUAGCGAGGGGCGAGAGAACAUCCCUGCGAAGAAUCGAGCGAUCGCAUCGUGUUUAG